GUUUGUGAUUAAAUCGUGCUCGCGUGUGAAUAACGCGAAAUCUUAAAUUAAAACCAGUGUGUAACCGGUUAAUUAACUAGUGUUUUACUAUCACCUGUGACGUCAUUGUUUACCACAAUUUGGUACAGACAGACGCGUCGAUAUUUGCUACGUAGUGACCAAGUUACGUACAUUUUUCAGCGAACGUAAAAAAAAUCAAUGAUAUCAAAAAGAAAUGUCGACCAAAAAUCCAGAAACAGUCAACCCUAAAGAAACACUACAUAAGUAACCAUGACAUCCGAAGAACCUAUCGAUGUUGUCACCAAAUCCGAGAAAAAGACAGGAACGAGCUUCCCAAACGAUAGCUCGGGUGACAAUAAAACAGCGAACCACUCGGACGAAAGUAAAAAACGAUCACAAGAGCUAAUGCGUUUAGUAUAUGAAUUGCCUGAAGAUAUAAGGAAACCAGAAAUAAACAUGUUGAAAGAAAACCCACCGAUAACAAUACUUGAGAUAACUGAACAGAACGGUUGUGAAACAGAACUAGGAAGUACGCAAUGUGAUAAUGAUUAUUGUAAAGAAUCUAUUCCAGAUAACGAAUUUGAUACUUAUCCUAACGAAGUAACUCAUUGUGACGAAUACAAAGAAGUUAUAGACAGAUCUUCACCGGAUUGUACUGAUGAAGAAUUGAAUGAAUUGAAGAGAAUAUUAGAGAACAAACCGAAAGUUCUGGAAAGAUAUUUAAGGGAAUGUGCGUCUUCAGACGAAUUAAACCGGAUACAUAAUAUAACGUCAUGCGGACCAUUAUCACCAAGGCCUCAUCACGAAGCGAGAAGUACAUCGGUGACGUCAGACCUAUUCCAAUUAUGGUUGUCGUCGUCACCAGUAAAGAGAUCCCGUUCGCCGAGCAGUUCCGCACAGAGGCAGCUAGAUGAGGCCGACCUGUUUAUGGACCUCAUCAAAGACGUGGCCAAUGAACUGGAUAUUGAUGUAUUAUGUCACAAGAUUUUAGUAAACGUAUGCUUGCUGACAUCAGCAGAUCGCGGCAGCUUGUUCUUGGCCAAAGGGAUACCACCGAACCGAUAUCUUCAAGCUAAACUCUUCGAUGUGACCAGAGACACAGAACUAUACGACGCACUUCGUACAGCAAGAACUCAAGAGAUCAGAAUACCUUUCGGCGUCGGCGUAGCGGGGUUGGCAGCACAAACGAAACAUCCUAUUAAUAUAAGAAACGCAUACGCGGAUCCCAGGUUCAACAGUGAAAUUGACGCCCGCACAGGUUAUAAAACGGAAUUGAUCCUCUGCAUGCCGAUCUGCAACUACGAGGGAGAUGUGGUCGGUGUCGCACAGAUUAUAAACAAAACAGAUGGUUCAAAGGAAUUCUCCGCAAGAGACGUUGAAGUAUUCCGUCGGUACCUUACCUUCUGUGGCAUAGGUAUUCAAAACGCGCAGCUCUUCGAGUCUUCAGUCCUCGAGUACAAAAGGAAUCAAAUCCUUCUAGCACUAGCUAGAAGUAUAUUUGAAGAACAGAGUAAUCUAGAAUGUCUAGUGACGAAGAUAAUGACGGAGGCACGAGAGUUACUGAAGUGCGAAAGAUGUGCUGUGUUCUUAUUGGAUACUGAUCAUUGUGAAUCGAGCCACCUGGAGCGCAUAGUGCAGCGGCCCGGCGGGCAGCGCAGCGGCGUGCUGGCGCUGCCGCCGCCCGCGCCCACGCGCUUCCACACGCUGUUCGAGCUCGGCGCGCACCACUCCCGGACCACGCUCACGCCCCGACACGACAACCGCUCCACGCUCGCCUCCAUCGCGCUCGCGGUGGCGCAGUCUAACAAGGCGCUGAACAUCUGUGAGGUGGAGCAGUGGCGGCGCGAGCACAUGGCGGCGGCGGCGGCGGGGGCGGGGGCGGGGGCGGACGACGCGCGCAGCGUGCGCACCCUGCUCUGCAUGCCCAUCGUCAACGCCAACAAGGACGUCAUCGGCGUCGCGCAGCUCAUCAACAAGGAAAACGGUUCUCAAUUCACAGACGGAGAUAUAUCUAUUUUCGAAGCGUUCGCCAUUUUCUGUGGCCUCGGCAUACACAAUACACAGAUGUAUGAGAACGCUUGCAAACUGAUGGCCAAACAAAAGGUGGCGCUGGAAUGCCUCUCGUACCACGCGACGGCCUCCGCCGAGGACACCAACAAGCUGAGCCAAGACGUCAUCCCCUCCGCGGAUAGCUAUAACUUGUACAGCUUUCAAUUUCACGAUUUUGAUCUGUCAGACGAGGACACGUGUCGGGCGACGCUACGCAUGUUCCUGCAGUGCAACUUGGUGGAGAAGUUCCAUAUACCGUAUGAUGUAUUAUGCAGAUGGAUACUAAGCGUUAAGAAGAACUAUCGUCCAGUGAAGUACCACAACUGGCGACACGCGCUGAACGUAGCCCAGACGAUGUUCGCGAUGCUGAAGACCGGGAAGAUGGAGAGGUUCAUGUCGGACCUUGAGAUCCUCGGCCUGCUGGUGGCCUGCCUCUGCCACGACCUGGACCACAGGGGGACUAACAACGCCUUCCAGACCAAGACUGAAAGUCCCCUCGCGAUACUAUACUCCACGUCUACUAUGGAACACCACCACUUCGAUCAGUGUGUCAUGAUAUUGAACAGCGAGAGUAAUAAUAUCUUUCAGGCGCUGUCUCCGUGCGACUACAAGGCGGUGAUGCGCGCCGUGGAGACCGCCAUCCUCUCCACGGACCUCGCCAUGUACUUCAAGAAGAAGUCCAAGUUCCUAGAGCUCGUCGACAACGGCGAGUUCGACUGGCAGAGCCCCGAGAAGAAGGAGCUGCUGUGCGGUAUGAUGAUGACGGCGUGCGACGUGUCGGCCAUCGCCAAGCCGUGGGAGGUGCAGCACAAGGUGGCCAAGCUGGUGGCAGACGAAUUUUUCAUACAAUUAUUUUCCAGGGAGAAGAAAGACGAGCUGCCACAGAUGCAAGUGGGCUUCAUAGACAUGAUCUGCUUGCCGCUGUACAAGGUGCUGUCGGACACCUUCCCCUGGAUACAGCCGCUGUACGCCGGCACCAUGGACAACAGGCAGCGCUGGCAGGACCUCGCGGAGAAGGUGGAGAUGGGCCUCACCUGGAUAGACCAUGAUACUAUCGACAAACCGAUCGAAGAAUUCACUGCAUCAAACGAAGCAAUAAAAGACGUGGAGUUAACUGUUACAACAUUGAACUGCACAAAACCAGUGCAAGAAACAAGCAAUAUGGCGCUCGUGAAGAAAACCUAUUCUCUGAGAAGACCUAAACCAGGCACACUGCCGUCACGACCCCCUAGGAAUAAAUUCACUAGCCUCCUGCAGAUCCCUCUACGCGCCAAGCUGCCCAGCCGACGAGAG